CGCUCUGCUUUGGCCCGGGUCUCCGCCCUGUCUGUCGGCAAGGCGCCCAUUGUACAGUCUUACUGGCUGUUGUGUGCGGAGGGAGGUCUUGGCCCUCCCUCUGGUGCCCGGUUCUGGGCUAUGUGGGAGGCCAGAGGAGGGGGGCAGAGGACGCUGCCCUCCGUUCACAGUUGCAUCCAACUUCAUCAGGAAAAUGAACUGCUACUUAAGAAGCUGAGACAUGUACGCCUAAAAAACAAGCAGUUGGAAUAUGACUUGGCACAGACACAAAAGCAACUUGAUGAGCAAAAUAAGUCAAUGCCUGUUUGCGUCUCAAAGAAGAAUGUGCUAGUUCAAACGGAAAUACGUUUAUGGAAUAGAGGUGAUGGAGUUUACAGCAGGCAACAUGAAGCAGCAAAGGAAACUGCUCGAUUGCGUCAGAUGUACAGUAAUCUUCAGAGAAAGCAUAAUAAAGAAAUAAAAACAAAUCAAGAACAAAGUGAAACAAUUGCAGUACUUUCAGUCAGAAUUAAUGAGCUGGAACAACAACUUCAGUUGUCAAGACAAAAGAUAAUGGAGUUGGAAAGCAAAAAGAUUUCAAAAAGGGACAAAACUGUUUCAGGCACUUCUGCAGCACGGAGAAAAACAUCAUCGAACAAAUGUAUGUGCAAAAGGAAAGGGGGUUGUUCCUGCAGAUAUUUAGACCAGUUGCUUUUGGAGAUCCAGCAUCUGAAGAAGGAAAAUGAAAAGCUGUCUAAAGAAAGAAGAAUGCUGAGAAAUGAGCUUGCUGCAUUAGACAAGGAUUUUUUUGAUGAAAUAGAAGAUUUAAAAUAUGCUCUUCGAGAAUCCUUAAAACUGAAUGAUCAAUAUGAGAAGUGCUUGAAACAAUUGUGUUCAACAUAUGGAAUCACUUUUGAAUCAGCUUUGACAGGUGGCAAUCACUAGUGAGGUUUAUGGAAAUAAAAUGCUCAAACAAGUUAUACUGAUAAAAGUGUUUAAAAUCUAUUACUAUUUGUAAAAUAUAUUUAUCAG